UAAAGGGGAACCUAUGAGCGCAGAUUGUAGCAGAGGACAAGCAGAGAGCACACCGAGCGUGAGUUUGGAUGUUCACCGUACACCAGCAGCAUGACAUCAUGGAGCCUUCUGUCCCUGAUGUUUUUCUAUGUGUUUCAAGGCAGCAUUGACCUGUCAGUGGGGAACUGUGUGAAUUAUCUCCUAGACAAAGAAUGGAUGGAAAAUCCAGAAAAAGAUGGAGGAAAGAUCUACCUGGUGAACCACAACCGAGAGCACACAGUGGACUGUAGCAUAGAGAGAGAGUGGAACAAGACCAAUAAUAUACAUUUGCAGAACAUUUUAAACGACUGCUUUAACAGACAAAACAUUAGUCAUCAUUGUAAUCAUUCACAGGAGAGCGUCAACCCGACUUUAGUGUCUCAAGCUCACUUCAACUGCAUGAUAGCCAAAGCAAAGAAUCUCACCAAUAAAGUUAAAGAAUGUGAGGAGUUAGAAACAGUAUGUAAAUUCAUAUUAGAACCAACAUGGACAGCUUCAACAACUACCUCCAAGCAACUGACAACAACGCAGCAUGGGCUAAGAACUACUACUACUCCAUCAACUACUGCAACAACGGUUACAUCACCAACAAAUUCAACUGAUAAAGAAAUUGAUCAGGAUAUACAUUUCAGCAAAGGCCAAAUCAGAGGAAAAGCCCCAGAUGGAACCCCAGAAUGCAGGCAGCAAGAGGCAGGUGGUGUACCUGUACUGGCCCAUAUCUUGGUGAUCUCAGUGGUCCUGAACGUUUUCUUGUCACUGGCUGUUUAUUUUUUCAUGUGUCACACAUUGAGGUGUGACUGCAAACACAAGUCACAUGAAACAGUCAGUAUUAACCAUACAUCAUGCAGCUACAGGCCUGAAGACUGUCAUUCACCAAAAAUUCCAGACUACAGGACUACAGGAGUUUAGAGUGCUAUUUGAAUGAAAAUGGGACUAUAUACCAGUGAAGUGGAUGCAUCACACCAUUUCAAGUUCCUCAUGGAGUAGUGCGGCCUGUAAAGAUGGACUUUCGCAUGACUCUAGCUGUAAAUCAAAGAGAGCUGAGGCCCGGCAGGAUGACGUUACAGCACAUAAAUGUUUAAUUUAGUUGCUUGCCCACAUUUGUAUUAGUUUUUCUUACUCUCAACACAAGUUUGAUUCUCCUGGUUUGUGCUAUUUUUUUUCCCUAGUAGUUGUAGUUAUUUAAUGCUAUGUCCGAGAUGGACAUUUAUAACAAUUAUAAUAAUUUAUUGGUUUAUAAAGUGCUUUAAGUAGAAAAAUACAGCAUAAAGUGUGAACCACAAUAAAAAACAUCAAUACAACAACAAAAUAAAAUCCAACAUCGAUAAAAAGUUAAAAAUAAUAUAAUCAUAUUAUCGAAUGCUAAUCAAACUGACAUAUUAAUACUUGUAGAUCUUUUUAAAAUAAGAUAAAACCAUCAAAUUGAUGAUAGCAGAAAAUUAAUCCAUUUCAAGAUUAGCUUUUCUGGGUUCAGAAAAGCAAUGGACGGAUGUUUAGAAUUUGUCUUAAAAAGGGUUAAGUGGCAUAAUUUACAACAGGAGUGCCCACACUUUUUUGGCUUGCAAGCUACUUCUAAAAUGACCACGUCAGUAUGAUUUUAUUACAUUACAAACGCUAAACAUACAAUGGCUCAUUACUUAAACUUUGUGAAGAACUGUAGUAAAACAAGUAGUAAAAAAAAAGUCCCAGAGUAAUACUGUCUUAAACAUUUUUGUUGGUAAAAUUAUUAUAAGAAGUAGUAUAA